UGUGCUGCCUGCUACUUCCCGAAGACACGGUUUGAAUGGGGCUCUGUUUACGCUGUAUGCUGCAAGGAUUGCACAACACGUGAGCCAACAUGACCGAUUGGUCGUGAGUGUUUGCCUAGCCCCCCUACCGCAACACGCCCCUGGUUCUUGCAUUUAACUUUGCUGCCUGUCCGGGAGACCACUGCACCGAAACGCGGGGAGGACAGCACGUACACCACACCAGCGCACACAUCCGUGUCAGUCCGCAUAGGCGACAUAACCAUGGAGGUAGUGAAGUACAAGAGUGAGCCGUUGGAUCUCAACGAUUUCUUUCACAUGGAGCCCAGCUUGCGGCAGUUUGAAAGCGACUUUCAUCGCAGGUACUGGCUGUUUGAGGAACGUCUGCGUCAGGUGGAGGAUUUGGAGGGCGACAUUGAGAGCUUCACCAAGGGAUACCAGGCCUAUGGAGUGCAGCGCCAGCCCAACAACAGCCUGCUGUUCAGGGAGUGGGCACCGGGAGCACAGGGCCUCUUCCUUACAGGAGACUUCAAUGACUGGAGUAAGACGUCUCAUCCCUUCACCAAGGUGGAUUAUGGGAAAUGGGAGCUCCAUCUCCCACCGAGACGAGACAAGACUCCAGCGGUGGAGCACGAGAGCAAACUGAAGCUGGUGGUCCUGACACAGGAGGGGGAGUACCUGUUCCGCCUCUCCCCCUGGGCCAAGUACGUCACCAAGACUCUGGACUCCGUCACCUACGACUGGAUACACUGGGACCCACCUCACCCUUACCUGCAUCAACAUGCGCGUCCCAGUAAGCCACGUAGCCUGCGCAUCUAUGAGGCUCACGUGGGCAUCGCCUCUCCGGAACAGGAAAUCGCCACCUACAAGAACUUCACCCUCAAUGUCCUGCCACGCAUCAAGGACCUAGGCUACAACUGCAUCCAGCUGAUGGCGGUGAUGGAGCACGCCUACUACGCCAGCUUUGGAUACCAAGUCACCAACUUCUUCGCUGCCUCCAGUCGUUUUGGUACCCCAGAGGAUCUGAAGCGUCUAGUGGACGUGGCUCACUCCCUGGGCCUGUACGUCAUCCUGGACGUGGUCCAUAGCCACGCCUCUAGCAACACGGACGACGGCCUGAACCGCCUGGACGGCACCGACGCCUGCUACUUCCACGCCGGUCCCCGCGGCAACCACUCGCACUGGGGCAGCCGGCUCUUCAACUACUCCAGCUGGGAGGUGUUCCGCUUCCUGAUGUCCAACCUGCGCUGGUGGAUGGAGGAGUAUCGCUUCGACGGCUUCCGAUUCGACGGAGUCACCUCCAUGCUCUACCACCACCAUGGAAUAGGCAUGUCGUUCUGUGGGAAAUACAGUGAAUACUUCGGCAUGCAUGUGGACGAAGACGCCGUGGUGCACCUGAUGGUGUCCAAUUACAUUCUCCACACACUCUACCCAGAAUGCAUCACUAUCGCAGAGGACGUGUCGGGCAUGCCUGGUCUGUGUAUGCCUAUCACUAAGGGUGGUCUGGGCUUUGACUAUCGACUGGCCAUGGCUGUACCGGACAAAUGGAUACAGCUCCUGAAGGAGAGGCGUGAUGAGGAGUGGGACCUGGGGAAUGUAGUCUACACACUCACCAACCGCCGCAAAGGAGAGGGAUCCAUAGCCUACGCUGAGAGCCACGACCAGGCGUUGGUGGGUGACAAGUCUCUGGCCCACUGGCUGAUGGACCAGGAGAUGUACACCAACAUGAGCGCCCUGGUCGCCAUGACGCCCGUCAUAGACCGCGGCAUGCAGCUGCACAAGCUCAUUCGCCUGCUCACACACAGCCUGGGCGGAGAGGGCUACCUCAACUUCAUGGGAAAUGAGUUUGGCCACCCGGAGUGGCUGGACUUCCCCCGUAAAGGUAACGAGGAGAGCUACAGGUACGCCAGACGCCAAUACGACCUGCUGGACCAUGAGCACCUGAGGUACCGGCAGCUCUACGCCUUCGACAAGGCCAUGAACACCACGGAGGACAAGUACGGAUGGCUAGCGUCGCCACCGGCGCAUGUGACGACGGUGAACCAGGAAGACAAGGUGAUCGUGUUCGAGCGCUCCAAGGUUCUCUUUGUCAUCAACCUGCACCCAGCACACAGCUACAACGACUACAGAGUCCCCAUAGGCAUAGCAGGGAAAUACACCAUCAAGCUGGACUCUGAUGACGUGCAGUUCGGAGGUCACGGCAGACUGUCCCACAACACAGAGUUCUUCACCGAGCACAUGUCCUUCAAAGACCAGCCAUACUCAUUCAAGCUCUACAUCCCCAGCCGGACUGCGCUGGUGCUUGCCAAUGACGACCUUGAUUACGGCCAAUAGGACAACAGGCCUGCCCGCCACCCCCACUGUCCGCACAGCACGGCACCGCGCCGCAUUUGGACCGGGACCAGCCCAGAGCCAUCCUCAACAUCCGAUGUGUUGCCUGGCGACGAGUGGAUGCUGACAUGUCAGAGACUAUACUUGUGGACCACCACCCCCACAGCAUCUCAGACUCACUGAUAACAGGCCUCCAUCCUGCCUCCAUAGACAUCACAAGGACCACGGCUGAGCUGUCUAAUAAGAGAGUUACGUCACUCCCAUAGACCUUAAUGGUCCAUUCUUUCCACAGCAAUAGCAAUGGCGGCUCAUGGAGCCUUUUACAUGUAAACCCCCAUUGAGAAUAGUUCCAGGAAGUAGUUACUUAGUUCUAGGAGGUGGCCGUAGAACACAGAAAGUACAGUGGGUAAAUGUAAUUAGUUACUACUUAAUCUGUGUUUGUUAUGUAAUGGUUUUGGGUUCUGUGAGUCUCAAGCGAACAGAAACCUGCUGUCUAGAAAUAUU